AUGCAAAAUGGCAACCUGAAAAAGUUCAGUGUGCUGUUCUUGGGUGCCAACUACUUGUCGUCCAUCGAGGACCUGCGCACACUUCCUCGCAGCAUCACUCGCUUGUCGUUCCAAAACAACGAUUACACGGAGCUGACGAACCUCGACUGGACCAAGAUGACGUUGGUGUACCUCAUCAACUGCAACCUCCUGCGAUCGAUCAACAUGGUCAAAUUCAGCACGUCGAUCGUGCACCUGGACUUGUCGUCUGUCACGCUGACAAAAUGGAUCAAGGACAACAGCACGUUCAUCGCGCUCAACUCGUCCCUGCGCCCCAACAACACGGCCGACGACUCGACGCGUGACGAUGGCAAGCAGAGCUACACGGGGUACGGCUACUAUAACACCAAGAUCACGACGAGCGGAGCCGACUGCGCCGCCACAAUCGGCUUCAUCCAAGAGCUGUGGCCGGACAAGUCGAUGGGCAACUACAAGUACGCGUCCGAAGUGUUUAAAGUGUGCGUCGUCCCAGACGUAACUACGUCGUCGACGCCAACGCCCGUCACGACUGCCCCGCCGAAAGACGACAACACGGGCGUGAUCGUUGGCGUGAUUGUCGGCGUCGUGGUGGUCUUGGGCGUUGGGGUGUUUUGCUUUGUCAAGCGGCGCAAACCCCAGCCGGAAUCCACGAACGGAUACCCCGAGCGGUCGAGCCGCGGCGGCCGCAAGUCGGGAGGCGGCGCUGCCCACCAGGAACACUACCACCAAUUUGACGGUGGCGACAAAGGUUCCAACAACCGGCGGUCCGUCACUCAAAACGGAACAACGCACAACUUGGGCAACCGGUUCUCCAACUCGGGAGGCCAGUCGAUGCCGUCCUUGACGUCGACGGAUGAGAGCAACAUUAACUUGGUGCCGCUCGCGCUCGUCCGCAUCGAGGCAAGGGAUGUCUUGCUCCACCAAAAGUUCGGAGAGGUGUGGCGUGGCACUUUUCACGGCGAUGAUGUCGCGGUCAAGAUGCUGCAUCCAAGCCGCGUCACAGUCACCCAGAUUCAAUCCUUUGUGAGUAAAAUCCAGCUCAUGAACUCGUUCGACUCGCCGUACAUCGUAAAGCUUGUUGGCGCGUGCUGGACGCGGCCGUCGGAUUUGCAAUGUGUCAUGGAGCUCAUGGACGGCGGAGACUUGAAGGACUACCUGGACACGCACUCGCCGGCGCAAUUUGAUUGGAUCGACAAGUACAGAUACAUUUACCAGAUCGUCGAGGGACUCGUCUACUUGCAUUCGCUCAACAUUAUCCACCGCGACGUCAAGUCGCACAACGUGCUGUUGGAUUCGACCAAGGGCACCAAGCUGACCGACUUUGGCGUGAGCAAAGAGGACAUUCAAGGCGUCGGCACGUUUCGAUGGUUGGCUCCAACGCAAGUCGGCGUUUUACUCGGGGACUUGUGUCUUGAGUCCACGCGCAUCCAUUCGCAACGUAUAGGGACGUGA